GAUCUACACAUGACCAGGUUUCCAGUAUCAUUUUAGCUGCUGCAGAGAUCAAAGAAUUGAUGGCUUGACAGAGGACGAUACAGUGAUGUCGAAAAUCUACGGGAAAAUCAGUUCAUGCAGAUACAGAGAGCGGUAACAAUGUUGCUCGGACACAAUCUAGCAAGAAUUCUGAUCAAGACUCAUCACAUGACAUCCGUCAAAAAGAUUGAAAAGAUAACCAAAUCAGCCAAGAAACUGGAUUGUGCAGUGUUACUGAAGACUGGAAGACCGCCUGGAGUGAUGCUUGCGGAAGGAGAAAUUGGGAAGGCAGAACAAUGGUUGGACGUUGUGAAGAAUCUGAGGUACAAGAAUUUCGAAUUGAUGAAGAAAGAAGAGGUAGAUGGGAGGAGGUUAGAUAUACCCGCUGGAAAAGUCAAGCAAAUGGAGAGUUUGAAGGAUUACGGGGUAGAGGUCGGGAAGGACGAGGAGUUAAGAAAGUGGUGGAGGUUACAUAUGGGUUUUAUGAAGGGACAAAAUGAAGAUUGAUGGGGGUUAACGAGGUAAAAGGGGGGGUUGCAUGAUUAUGUGACAUUCACUGGGUUUGAAAAAGAGAGCCAAGAGAAGAUGGUGUGGUCUCGGUAACGCUUCUGGGAUGACUCGAAGCUCUUACUCUCCGAUACAGUACCUUUUAACUGUUGUCAAUCUGUAUCAAGAGAACGUGUCUAGCA